ACUGCCUUCUAUGGUAGAAAUAAGCGAACAAUGAAUUACGAUGUCUGUGUUGUCGGAUCUAUUAGUACUGAAUCAGAUUAUAAUUUUUAUGGCGUGCUUCAAGAAAUAAUUCAAAUUGAGUAUUAUGAAUCGAUCCAUCAACAGGCAAUUGUUUUAUUCAAAUGUGAUUGGUACGAGAUUCCUCCUGCUCAAGGGGUUCAAGUGGAUCAAAAACAUCGAUUGGUUGACAUUAAUCCUCGAAGAUACCUUCGAUCCUAUGAGCCUUUCAUUCUUGCUAGUCAAGCAAGGCAAGUUUAUUACAUACCAUACCCAUCUAUUAAUCAUGAAAGAAGGGGAUGGAUUGCUGCACUUAAAAUUAAAGCUAGGACUGAUGUUGGGGAGGGGAUUGGGGAAGAGGAUGAAGAAGAAGGAGAAUGGGAAGAUUUUGAGACAUUAGAAGAAGAAAACAUAGAAACAUAUGUUGAGGAGAAUGAUAAUAGUGAUAAACGAGUUCAGGAGGAAGGUUUUACUGAUGUGGUUCUGGAGACUCCAGCUUCAGAUGCUGAUAUACAGGUCGAGUCUCUCAGUGAUGAGGAUACACAUGUGGCUACUUUUCAGCAGAGACAGGGACGAGGGCAAGCUAAGCCCGUGCAGAUGCCUACAGAUGGGACGAAGAUCGCAUUAGAGUUAGAUGAGUAUAGAGAGGAUUUAUGGAGCAUGACAACAAAGAUCAAGUUCAAGCAUGCACUUAGUGAGUUGAAAGCUAAGUGUGCAAAGAGAAACUUUCAAGCUAAGCUUCCAGAUAUGAAUCCAGAGUUAUGGGCAAGGCUUGUUUAUUUAUGGAUUGAGGGUCAUCUAUCGAGAUUUCCUGAGGUCUACACCAGUAGAAGGCAGCACAAAGGAAAAGGAAAAUACCAACUGCCUAUAUAUUGUAAUGAUGAGGCUCAAGAAAUUGGAAAAAAAUUGACAGCUGAAUAUGCUACUAGGCAAGAGGAAGAAGGAUUUGAACCUACAAUAGCUCAUGGUGAGUUAUUACUUAGGGCAACUGGUAGGGUUAAGAAAGGACAGCUGAAAGAUAAUGAGAGCCUACGACAACAACAGAUGACCCUUGCUGCACAGAUGCAACAACUUUACCAGCAUUUAAGGAUGACCCCAACGGAUACCAGUAGGACAGUCACCCCUAGGACACCCCGAGAUAUUUAGGUUUUUUAUAUUUUAAUUACAUAUUUGUAUUUACUUUAUAUUUGUAGUAGAUAUUGGAGACUAAUAUAUUUAGAGUAAAUUA